ACACUCCCCUCUCCCCAUCUUACACUCUCACUCAGUCGAGCGAGCGAACAGGAGGCAGCAGGCUGCCGAGGAGCGAGCUGGGAGGCGACUCCAGCCUCCUCUCCAGCAAAUUGUGCCUCCUGUACAAUGGAAACUAAACGGUUGAGUAGCAGAAGGGAUGGAGGGCAGAGCUGCCGGGCAGGUCAGCAGGGGUCAUGAGGGUGUCAGAGGCCCCGGUUGCUGUUCAGAGCAGCUGAAGCAGACAUGGGCAAAGAAGUCUCGAAUGGCAUCGGUAGGCUCAGCCUCAUCGACUUCACCAGCCACAUCCUCCUUCGCCACAACCACCACUGGCUACGCAACAAGUUCUCUGUAUUUGCCAGCAUCUCCCAGUAAGACUUUGCAAUGAGAAUGUCCGAUACAGUCGACACUGAAACGAUGAAGGUUUCCGAGGCCGCCGACACGUCGCCAUCUCCAAAAGACAACGCCACCAAGUCUGAGGUCACUGACCAGAGCCAGAGCAGCAGAGACGAACACAGCAGCAACAAUAAGAGGGACGCACAGCCUGUGAAGUACUCUAAGUCCAACACCAGGCUAAAGCUCGUGCGGAGCCUGGCAGUGUGUGAAGAGUCCUUUCCUUGCCCUAUUCCUGAGCCUUCAGCAGCACCUCAGGAUGGAUUCCUUCUCCAGCCCUUUGAAAAAGAAGAGCGAGCCACACAGGACCAAGCGGAGAAAGAGGAGAGCUGCGAUAAGGUGGACAAACCUGAGAAAACACCCAAAAAAAUGCUGUCGAGAGAUUCCAGUCAAGACUACACCGAUUCAACUGGCAUAGAUCUCCAUGAGUUCCUGGUCAACACGUUGAAAGGCAACCCCAGGGAUCGAAUCAUGCUGCUGAAGUUGGAGCAGGACAUCUUGGACUUCAUCAGCAAUAAUGAAAGCCAAAAAAGAAAGUUCCCACCCAUGACGUCCUACCACAGGAUGCUGCUACAUCGAGUGGCGGCCUACUUUGGCAUGGACCACAAUGUGGACCCCAGUGGAAAGUCAGUGGUGAUCAACAAAACUACCAACACAAGAAUACCCGAUCAGAAAUUCUCAGAGCACAUCAAGGAUGACAGGGCGGACGAUUUUCAGAAACGCUACAUUCUCAAACGAGACAACUCCAGCUUUGAUCGUGAAGACAGCACGAUUCGAAUGCGUUUGAAAGCUGACAAGAGGAGCAAAUCGAUGGAAGAGAGGGAGGAGGAGUACCAGCGAGCCAGAGAAAGGAUAUUUGCACAUGAUGGAGAUCACUUCAUACUAGAUAGAGGCGCUCAGGAUGAAGGCGCAUGCAUGAGCACCCAACAGAGGCGGCAAAUGUUCAGGUUACGGGCAGGCCGGUCAGGCGCCAGCCGGCAGAGCAGCUCCGAGACGGAAACGCUGCCGCGGCACGGCGAGCCCCGGCCUUGGAGCAGCACCGACAGCUCGGACAGCUCCAACCGGCUCGCCCCGCGGCCCGCCAUCACCAAGGCCAGCAGCUUCAGCGGCAUCUCCCCCGGCCUCGUCCGAGGGGACAGCACAGCCAGCAGCAAGAGCACCGGGAGGCUGUCCAAAACAGGUUCAGAAUCAUGCAGCAGCGUCGGCUCCUCGUCCAGCUCUCUUUCCCGUCCCCAGCUGCCUCUCCCAGUUUCAGCCUCAUCCUGGUCCAGCAUCCCCAGCGCACCUUUAAUCCACCCGGCUGCUGAUACCAGAGGCUCUGGACACCCUGAGAUGAUCAAGAGCGUCGCCUCACAGCCGCCAUCAGCUACAGAUGCAACAAACUAUUAUGUGUUGCCGCUGGAAGCCUCAGGGAUACCGCCCGGCAGCGUCCUGGUCAACCCACACACAGGCAAGCCUUUCAUCCACCCCGACGGCAGCGCCGUAGUUUAUAACCCGGCCUCUGUCGCCCCCGCUGCUGGCAGGAACACACAGCAGGGGAAAACCCCACAGCAACAGAUCCCUGCACCAACACAGCAACAGCCAACCAAUCACCUCCACUCCCAGCCGAUCUGUCCUCCUCUCCAGCUGUCCUCUGAGCCUGUUCACAACCCAACGGUCUCGUAUCCUCUUCCUCCUCUUCCUCCUUCUCAGUUCCUGCCCGUCUGUCCUAACCAACAGUACACUGUGCCUGAUUCCCUCAACGCCCAGUUCAGUCACAUGACUCUGGCGCAGCAGCCACCCGGCGACAGCGGGGCUUCAGCUCCUGACACCCGCCACUAUCCGACCGUAUUCCACCACCACCCCUCCCCUGUGGUGCUGCAGGGAGCUCCGCAGCAGCAGCACGUUGCUAGCUACAUGGUGGCAGGGCCAUCGGGAGGACACCCAGGGGUGCUGCAGGGUCAGCCUGUCCCACUCCCGACCCCGGGCCCCAACCACACAUAUCCCAGCUCCACCCCGGGCCCCGCUGCUUUCCCCGGGUCCUCCCUGAACCAGCAGCUACUCCAGCAACACACCUACAUCCAACAGCCUGUCCAGCAGAUGUCGGCGUGUUACUGCUCGUCAGCCCACCACCCCCACUGCUCCAGCCAGCAGCAGCACUACCGGCCCCCCAUCAACCUGCCCUAUAACUGCCCUCAGAGCCAAAACCUGCCCCAGCAACAAGUGCACCAAGCCAUGAUGCCAAACCCAGCGUCCAGCUACCAGACCAUAGUGGGCGUGCAGCCAACAUCCAACCUCGCUCUCACUGGCAACCAGCAAAGCAAUAUGGGCAACCACCAGAUGCAAGGCAUGAUGGUCCAGUACCCUCCAAUGCAGUCUUAUCAGCAGGUUUCUGUGCCACAGCAGACGUACCAGCAGCCAGUGUUUGUGUCCUGUCAGCCAGGACAGGGGGCAGUGGCUGUCGCUGGCAUGCAGCCCUGUUACAGCCUGCUCCCUCCCAACCAGCACACCACCAUGAGUUCCACAGUGAGUUUCCUGCCCGCCCAGAUGAUGGAGCAGCUCCAGUUUCCUCAGACCUCGUCCCCCUGCGUCUCCCAGCAGCACCCAGGCCAGCAGUAUGCAGGGUUGUUACCCCCGGCCCCCGGCAGCGGCAUGGUGAUGCUGCAAAUGACAGCGCCCUCCUGCCAGCAGCCCCGGGCCCCCUCCCCCUGCCAGCGGAAACAGCCCAGCCACAAACACCCGGGCUCUGAGCACCAGCGCAGCCGCAGGCCUGCUGAGCUCCCCCCACCUCCAGACAACACCCAGAGCAGCCUGCCCUUGUCUCCGGCACUCACUCCCUCGCCAGGCCAGCCGCCCAGCGUCAAGGGCCUCCCAUCAGGCAUCUCGUCCAUCCCUGUCAUGGCCCACCACCCGCCGCUCCCUACAGCCUUCUGCCACAGUGGACAAGGUCAGAGACACAUCCACAACCGGGGUGUUUACUCACUCACAGGUGAAGCACACUUUUCUCUACUGGGCCAACCUCUGCAGUACAAACCCUCCAUCAGACCUCCGCUGAUCCACACUGCCCACAUGGUGGCCAAACACCAGGGUCCACUGGGGGUUUGGCGUAGCGGUCAUGGGAGGAAGGCCAGCAGAAAAUCUCUGUCUUCAGAUCUCAGUGUAGGUGAAGCAGUGAGCAGUCAGAUACUGGAAGUGACAGAUCCUCCAGAGGGGAUCAGCUGUACAGACUCCCACCACCUCCUGGCAGAGCUCUGCAGAGGGGGCGAAUUGAUCCAGCGGCUGUCGGACCAUCAGCCCCGGCUGUGCAACACGACCAGAGACGCUCCCAGCGGACACCUGGCCUCAUCAUACUCCAUCUUUGCCAUGCUACCCUCCAGAUACGCUGCCCCGAGCGCCGCGCUCCACCACAGCGGCCCCCAGGCCACCUUUAAACUCAGAACUAGUACCAGACACAAAGGGGAGCCGUGUGACUCGGACAAGGCCGGCUCAUAGCUGCUAAGAUCUCGGCGCAUCUAAGGAGCGCCACACGAACGCACAUCCAACCACCUGCCUCUGCUGCCUCAGUCUGGACUGUUUCAGUUCAAGUCCUAGACUCUGUCCAAAUCAAAAACCGUAUCAAAUGUUUGAAGAAUGAAUGUUCACUUUUAUUUUGUUUUAGUUCAUUUUAUCUUUUUUUUUUUUCUUUUUCUUUUUUUUCUGGCCGACAGGUCUGAGUUUGGUUUUGUUUGUGAAAUGCGUCCGUGGCCGCUGAGCUGGCCCUUCUCUAUUCUAAAGAUCUAGUUUGCUGUUUAAAAGUGUAAGUGUUUGGAGAGUUUUGGGAUUCAUUUGCCAGCUGUUAGUGACUCCACUGUGGCUCCUUUAAUAGCAGGUGUAUGAGUGUGACGGCACCAUAUUGAACUAAACGUACACAUUAUCAACUUGUUCCUGGUUCAAGAAUGUUUUUGUGCCCACUUUAAAGAUUAGACGUUAAAUCGGGGCUCUGUACCAUGUUAUUGCAUAUAAACUGAGCAUUCAUAUCAAAGCUGUUUUAUUUAACAUCCAUCAAUAAUUCCAUCACGUGUCCACGCCACUGACUCAUGGAGCAGAGCCGCAUUUAUCUCCCGUUAGGUACACAGGACUGUGUUUCUUCUCUCUUUAACAUGCUCCCAACAAUAACACGCAGCAACACUUGUACCAUGUGAGCCCAUACAAUAAUAAACACUGAAUAAUAGAUAUACUACCUGAAUUAUUUAAAGUCACUUUUAUACACAGUGAAUGUUGGAUUUGCACUGAAGUGAUAAACGAGAUGGAGAUUUGAUUGGAGUCAGACAGGGCCUGGAUUUUCUUUUAUUGACCCCCCUCGUACCUGUUUGUUGCACUCGGCCAGGCCACUUUCUUUUAUAUUUAAUUAAAAUGUUUAUAUGCACACAAAAAAUGCAAUCGAGUUUGUCACUCUACUUUGCUUCUUUUUUGGGGGGGGGAUUUUGUUUGUGUGAAUCAUGAGAGGUGUUAUGUGUCUGGUGUGGCUUUUUCUUUCUUUUUUUAUUUUUUUCUUUUGGUUUGACUCUAAUAAAUGUUUGCACCACACGUGUUGACAUAACUUUUUCCCCCAAUGCCAAAAGGCAAGCAAUAAUCUAGAAGUGAGGAUGUAUUAAAAUGUUAACUUGGAGCAAGAUGUGUGUGUAUGCAUGCGGGGGGGAGCAACAUGAUGAGGCAACUCUGUGGAAAAUGUUGCCUUAGGUUUGAAUCUCUGCCUUUGGGGCAUUGCAGAGAUAUUUGCUCUGCUUAGCAGCCUAAUUUCCAGCUGCAUAAAUUAGCCAUUUUGAAUAAGUCUUCUUCACAGGAAGUGGAAUGUAGAGAAACAGAGACACCUAGUGGACAGAUGCUGCUACUACAGCAUGCAACACAGCCCCAAGCCGAGUGAAAGUGAAACUAAACAUACCUCUUAAUCUGAAAACUGUGUUUAUAGCAACGAGCUGUAGUCAGAGAUGAAGCGUCUCAUGUUCGGUGUGGUUGAAAAAGGCGCGUUAGCAGUUAGCUGUGAUGUUUGCUAAGCUACAUGUCUGCAGCCGAGAUGGAGACCGACUCCCUGGACAUUAGCAGGACUGUGGUUGUGUCCGGUGUCCCCGGUGUGUUACCCGUCAGCAGGAUGAUUGACAAGCUAACAAUUCACUUCCAGAGUUACAGGAGGAGUCAUGGAGGAGACGUCGAGGUGGUGAAGUAUCCCACCAACAUGGGCGGUGUCGCCUUUGUCACUUUUGACCAAGCUAAAGAUGCAGCGAGGGUGGUGCGAAAGGAGCAACACAUCAUGAAGGACAACGAGUUUCCGGACGACUACCAUCUCACUGUGUUCCCCUUCACGAGAGAUGUGUUUUUAUACGUCCCCAGUGCUUCCGUCAAUCUGUCUGUAUUCGGCAGAGAUCAAGCAACGCUGAUUCAGAGUCUGCGGUCAGCUCACAGGUCGCUACGUUUCCAGCCUUUCCCUCAGCAGAUGAAAGCCACCAUUGAAGGGCCUUUUACUGCCGUUCAGGCCCUGAGAGAGGACCUCAUCCGCAGGGCCAGUGGACUUAAAUCCGAAGUCUCAGCCCAAACAGCAGCCGUCAAACUAAGAGAAACUCCUCUUAAUCCGAGGGUAAUAUCUCAUCACGGGUCUGUCGGCUCUGUAAGCCGCAGCGGUUCUAAAGCUAAGCUGGGACCAGCGAGCUCAGACUGCUUAUCAACGGCGCUGCAGACCACAGGUGAGGCAACUGAAGUCCAAAGCCGGCUCUCAAAUGCAAAAACUGAAAAUGCCUCCUCAAGGCAAAAAGUUUCCCAUGAGAGUGUGGCUGCAGGGAACCUCUGUGACACAAACAGUGAUGAGGAGGAGGAGCCAAGAGAUAUGCCCAGGCUUGACAUAUCCACAGAACAUAGGACAGAGCAAGCAAAGGCCAGCUCCAGACAAGCGCUCAAUGCAGGGGUUAGAUCUUCCUUAUCAGGCCGGGACCUGCUCCUACCACAGGAAAUAUCAGCAAAACAGCUAGGAGUAGACGACAUUUCAGAAAAACGCAGCAGACCAGACAGGAUUUCAGCAACCAAGAUCAGACGAGAGAAUCAUAUGGGCUCCAGCUACGACAGUACUGACUAUCUGAAGGAAUCAGAUCAGAGCAGCUCAGCCGUCACUGCUAAAAUCCACCAGACCAGACAUAAAGAUGUCUCAACGUCCUCCAAGAACAAUACUGAGGACACAGAGGAGCUGUCUGCAAUCUGUCCGGAGGAUCAGGAGGAGACGUGCGUCUGGGUCGACUCGUACAUAUUCAGAUACAUUAAAAAAUAUUACAAGAAGGAGUUUGACAGAUGCUUGAGAGGUCUCGAUGCGUCUGUUAAGUGUGAAGGUACUGACCUUACGCGGAUUGUGUUGACUGGGAGGCAUACCUCCAUGACAGCCUCACAGAUCCAGCAGGCAUUGCAAGACCUAAAAGUUCUGGUGAGGUCUUGGCAAUUGAUGUUAAGAGUUCAUCAGAUCGACUGUGAUGAGGAGGGGAAAAAACAGAAACUGAUUCAGAUCUGUGAUGGUUUAAGUUUCCUGUACAGUGACGUUCUAUACUUGUUGGAGGAUUCAUGCAUAAAAUUCAUCGGCCCCUCAGUAUUAAGUUAUUUGUUCUGUAAGAGGGUGGAGGAUGAAUUUGCUAAACUCAAAGACACUCCGAGAAUGUAGUAGAUGAAGCAACACAUGAAGAUGAGACAUAAAUGAAUGUACUUUUAUCAGUGACCACAGGGUGGCGCAGCUGUGCUGCAUGUUGCAUUCAACGUCUACCUGAAGUUUAGGCACAUUUUAAUGAAGGUUUUGAUUUCUGUGUUACUCUCAAAUAGUUAUUUUUCAUUUUCCAGGUUAAUUAUUAGAACUACAGAGAGUAAUUAAAAUGUAUCUGUUACAUAUUUGCCUCCAUGACUCCAUGAAUACAGUGCUACUGCCCCUCCUUGUUUCUAUGGUGAAGCUUCCCUUCUGUUUAUGUGUGGAUUAAUAAUUAGGCCUUGAAACAACAGGUUUUAAUUGAAACGAUGUUCUCACAGCAGUAGGGAUAAGUCUUCAUUAACCUCCGCAAGUCUUAAUAACAAAAGACAGGCUUCUUAUUAAAAACAAAAAUGACAGAUGACAACCUGUCUCACAAAUUCAUAUCUUCCUAUUCUCUUUUUUGUCCCCAAUCAUCUUAUUAAUUAUUAGAAACAUUUUCUGUGAGGUGUUUUGAGUGUUGUGUUUUGGGGGUUUUUUUAAACCUGGUAAACUGAAGUCUUGUGUGUUUGAUGGCAGACAGACCGAGAACAUUUCUGCCUUUGAAGCCUUAUAAAUCCUGCUGUAGUUUUGAUCAGAGUCAUGGACCAACAUUGGACAGUAGGGGGCGGUAUGACACUUUCUCUCAUGUGAAGAACUGUUUAAAAAUAGAGACACUGAAGCUGCCAUAGUCCUGCUCAGUGAAGCUAUUAUGGAGGCUGGGUUUGGCGAGCAGGGUGCAGAUUGGCAGGCAAAUGAUGUCAGUUGGACGUCCCAUUAUACCCCCUCUCCCCUCCCGACACACACGCAUACAGUGUUGCACCUUCUCUGAGGGAAAUACUGAUCUGUACAUGUGAUGUGUGAAGAUGCUCAGUAAAAUCAUUUUGUGUGU